CCGACCUGAAAAUAGAUCACCGAACUUACCAUGCCUUAGACUUGGAACCACCAGUCCUGAACCUCUUCUUCUUCGAAGAGAAACUGCACUUAUUCAAACCAUAAGGAAUUUCGUAAAACUGCAGUGGGUUAACUUAACACGAAACUAGUACUAAGACUAAGAUUCUUACAGACCCACAUUGUUUAACUAGUUUUGAGUUUUGGGCGCACUACUUAAGCCUGACGCAAAAUGGGCUCUCAAGAUAGUGUUUAUAACUUUGAGAAGGUGGCUGUUGAUCCAAAUUUCAUCAAAAGAUUUUUGCAGAUUCGCUUGUUCUUUUGAGAUGUUAUCAAAGUUCUAGGACACAGAAUAUGUAUAUGCUAAUUUGUUGGAUAGGUGGGACCUUUUUCCUGAUUAUUUCUAAGGAAAUGACAAUGAAAGCUUCCUUGUACAAUUGAGGCCAUGCGUUAAUAGGUUAAUGCGGAAUGAGAUGUUUCCUCAUAUCCAUGUUUGCUCGCUUAAACAUGGUACUUGUACUAGGUUUGCUAUGUUGGGACCAAGUACCCAGCUAUUGUAGUACUAGAAUGUUACGUUUUCCUGGAUGCACAAGAAGUUGGUUUCUCUCGGCAUUAAAGUAAUCUCGUUUCCCAAACUUUUGGGUAGUUUUGCAUGACUGUCUAGGUAUACAAUGGAGUACUGCAAGUGUGAUUGCUGACCGUGAACUUUGUCUGCACGCAGAGUAAAAAGAAGAUAAUUGUGUAUUGUACGUCAUCUUUCGUAGGGUAAGAUGAGAUCAAACGUCAAAACACAGGACCUUUCUGAAAACAAAGCCUGAACGUGUUUAAGGUUACAAUCAGUUUUGCUUCGUAUCACUAGUCUCAUUUUCCUCUAGCAGGAUAAAGAUAGCCACUUAGUCCAGAACUGACACCUGUAUUAAGUAGCUCCUUCCAGUGGUAGCACGGGAAAUGUUUUCUGUCCUACUCUAUUGUUGAGCGUAUUCGAAUCUGAGGCGCCUGAAGUUAAGCUUUUGUGGUGGGACCAUUAUGUAGACAGCGAAUGUUUUGUAGUUUUAAACAUUAGUUUAGUGAUCAUAACGUUUGAAGCGUGUUCAUCAUUAUUCAUUAAGAACUAGUGAAACUGUUAUUAAAUCACAAAGUGAUGUUAAACUAUAGUAGCCACCCUCAUACAUGACCUUCGAUAACCAAUUUGAGUUGAAGGUUCUUUAACCAAGUCGAACCAUACCUUUUGUUCUGGAUUCUCUUAGCGAGUCUCAUGAAAAUGUAGUGUUUAUUUAUUAUGAGAAUAGUGGAUUAUUUGGAAUUACUAAGACAUGCAUAUGCGGAGGAAUCUUGACGGGAUAACUGGUCUUUCGAGAAUUUGGGACUAGUUACUCAAAGUCAGUGGUUUGGUUGGUAGGGGUGACUGCCAUAGAUUACCUUUGGCCACAAUGAUUCAGAGACAAAUUUCUAAGAAAAGACUACUGAAGAUGUGUAUAUGUACAUGUGUCAUCAAAGUAUCAAUCCUGUUUUUGUUCUUUGAAAUCUAGUGUGAACCUCUUGUUCUUCGUCCGCCUGUUGGAUCAGAAGUCUAUGGACCACCGCUUCGCAGAAAUCGUCCCAGUCGUCAUCGGCCUUUUCUUCUAGGCUCACUCUUCGUCUUGUUUACGCUGCUGAUGAUUGCUAGCGUCUUUCUGUUGCUUUACAUUCUUGGAUACAGACCGUUAACUGCGCUUACUCAUAAAUCUAAUGGCCAUCAAUCAAUUUGUCGCAUUCGCAUCCCAUUUUUGAAGAUUGAUCCUGUAGAAUCAAUUACAGCAGAUGAGAACUUUCUCAAUGUGACAUUGUCCGAAGUACCAUACUAUAAUGUGAUACGCAUUUUACACUUGUUCUCUGAACGUCUAACAGUGAUUAGGACUAAUAAACACUGUUAUAUUAGACCACUGAGAGCUGAGUUAAGAGGAUCUGGAGUUGAAGAUUACUUGCGUCGAUUAAAUGAUGGAAAUGAUCUGAAAGAAUCAAUGGAAGGUUAUCCUGUGACGGAACCUUGGUUUAUUGAUAGAGAUCCAUAUAAUACUAUCCACAAUUCAUUGAUUAUGUCAUGGUGUGCUGGUGUGCCGGCAUAUCGUCUAGUGUCAAGACCACCUAUCGGAGGAUAUAAUAUGGAUGUGAUACCUGCUAUACCAGACCAGUCAGUGAAACCAAGUAACCCAGAUCCAUUCGGUGGUGAUUAUGAUGGUGAUCAACCUGAUUUGUUACGUGUUCUUCUUCCUGAUCAUGAAAAUAUUCGUCGAGUACGCAGUGUGGACUUGGCUACUGUGAUGGGUGUUAAAUCAGAUACCUUACCAAGAUCAUAUAAGGGGGCAGACAAGUCAUCGGAUUGUGAAAUUGUAGACAUUCUUCUGGAAGAUGCUAAAAUCACACGAGCAGAUGAUAACAAACCAGUCUCUGUUCUUCGUGAUGUUAUCAUGUCUUGUCAUCAUUGAAUAAUACAUCAGAAUAAAAGCGAAAGAACAACAAAUGAAACAGAAGAGAGGAAAAACCUAUAAUUGUAACAGGAAUUGUCAUCACUGCUCCAUCUUAUAACCAGUUUAUCCACUGUUUUUAUUCUCAAUUUUAAUUGCAUUUCAUAUGACUGACUUUCAUUUUGAUUUUGUUAAUCACCUGCAUUAACAUUGGUGACAAUCAUUUGUUUUAAUUAGUCUAUAAUAUCGAAGCAAUGAUAUGUUUUACGCGCUCACAAAAUGCUCAAUAGUAUAGAUCAUCUUAUAAUAAUAAUAAUAUUCUUGUUGUUGUUGUCAUAAUAUUAAUGAUAUGAUAAAGUAAACUCAUGCAUUCAUUUAUUAACUACGUAUGUCUUCAUUUUUAUUGAUAUAAUAAAAGGUGGUUCACCAAAAUAAUUUUGAUUGUUAUUACUGUUUCAGCAAGUGCUAGCAUCGUGUUGGUGUGUGUGUGUGUGAGUGUGUUUAUGGCAAAUAGAAGUGUAAAAGUAACUUUGUCCUUUGCAUGCAUCUGCGUUUUUUGUUGCUUUUAUCUACCUUACUUGCAUUAUGUGUUUCAUGUAUAUGAUAAAUAAAAAUGUUCGAGUUCUAUCGAAGUAUUUUUA